AUGGGUUCUCACAUUUUAGACCUCUCAAAUGUCAACAUCGCUCUCCUACGGCUUCUUCCGGGGAAGCCCGAUGAUGAGAUUGUAUGCGACGUUAGGACAGUGCCCUUAAAGAGCGACCCGAGUUACGAGACGCUUUCAUACGUUUGGGGCGACCAGUCAAAUACUCGCCAAAUCACCUGCGAUGGAUCGCCAAGAGUCAUUACCGAAAGUCUUUACCUUGCACUCUCGCGGCUACGUUUGCGCGACAGGCCCCGGACAGUGUGGAUUGAUCAAUUAUGCAUCGACCAGACCAACGACGUCGAAAAGUCUCUCCAAGUCAGCGUCAUGCGUGAUAUCUACAGAAAAGCAUCGCGCGGCCUGAUCUGGCUCGGCGAGCUUCCUACAGAAGAGCAGGCAGGUUUCCCAGAGAGACAUGUAGCCCUCGUUUUCCAGUGCUUGACGGAAUUGAUUACCGAUUUGGCCAACGCCGGGUCGUCGGCCGAGGGGAUGCAACCCCGGGAUCUCGGCGAAGUCAUCCUUGCAGUUAUGGGCUCUCAAUGGGCAAAAUGGCAGGGCGUCAAAUGGUGGCAACGCAUCUGGACAAUCCAAGAAGCAAAGUUACCGAGAGAAUCCGACCUCAUGUGGGGAGGCCACACUCUAUCCUUUGACAUCUUGAAGAGGGUCGCUGUUGGCCUGGUAAGGAUCGACUCGGGCGUGGGCCAACGAUUUGAACAAUGCUUUGCUCUUGGCCCACUAUCCAACGAGUUUUGUAUCCCAAUUAUGAACCUUCAGAUCAACGAUCCGGCACCGAUAUUGGGACCACUGUACCGCUGGCGUUCUCGCGAUGCGACGAACCCGUUGGACAAGAUCUAUGCCUUGAUGGGGUUGCUUCCCGACAAGCCUUUUAAGAGCGUGCCUUUCUGCGACUAUACCAUUUCCGAGACUGAGUUGUAUACUCGAGUCACUUUGGACCUCAUCCGCCAUCACCAAGGUUUGCUUCCAGUGUGUGGCCGCCGCGGCGAACCUCGCAUGACUCCUGGGCUGCCAUCCUGGGUCGUUGACUGGACUUUCGCCGACGACCCGUCACAAAGGACAACGGAUUACUUUGGCCAUUGUUGGAGAUAUAAUUACUUCAAAUGCGCAGGUGGAAAGUACGUUGAGCCUGAAAUAACGCCCGAUGGCACUGGGCUGGUUCUUCAGGGUACGCAGGUGGACAAGAUUGCGGUCCUGGGAUCUGUCAAUUACCUUCUUGACUACCGACAACUCAGCAGUGGGGAAUACGACGAGCACACCCUACAGACAAUCAGCUUGUGGUCCUCGAUAUUCUACGAAUGGCUAGGCGAUCGAUCGAUAGACGAGCCAUAUAUAGGCGACAAGGCCAUGACAUGUCUUGAAGCCGUCUGUCGUGUCUUGAUUGGAGACCUUGUUUACCACGGCUCUGAACCAAACCAUCGUGCGUCGCAAGAAGAUGUCGCAAGGGUUCAGAAUUAUGCCCGGGGUGGCUGGGACCCUAACAUUGCCGCGAGUGUGCGGGAUAUGGCGAGGAGCCAGGCCUUCUUCAUCACCGAAUCUGGGUACUUUGGCAUUGGGCCUCCAGAUACAAAGAUUGGCGAUGAGGUUUGGGCAUUGUUAUGCGGGAAAGUGCCACAUGUCAUACGGAGAAGCAGUGAGCAGGGUUUGGAUUUUGAGUACAUCGGGGAUGCAUACGUCCAGGGCAUAAUGGAUGGUGAGGUUAUAGCCAAGUCGGCCACGGCUAUUGAAACUGUCACGCUUAAAUAA